UUCUAUAUAACCCCAGUUUGUGGGUCUUCCAGGCUUUGUAUAAAAACUCAUUUUAGUUCAAUUUCCUUCUUCCACAACUCCUUUGUUUUAAAGCUGAAGAAGAACUACUAAACAACAAAGAAUGGGUAAUCUAUUGGGCUGUGUACAAGUGAACCAAUCGACCGUUGCUAUUGAGGAAAGAUUCGGUAAGUUUGAGGAAGUUCUUUACCCUGGAUGGCAUUGCAUACCAUGGUGUCUUGGUAGUCAGAUAGCUGGUCAUCUCAGCCUCAGGGUUCAGCAGCUGGAUGUGAGAUGCAAGACCAAGACAAAGGAUAAUGUAUUUGUGAAUGUUGUUGCAUCUAUACAAUAUCGAGCUUUAGCAGAGAAGGCACCUGAUGCAUUCUAUAAACUGAGCAAUACAACGGGCCAAAUCCAAGCAUAUAUUGUUGAUGUUAUCAGAGCUAGUGUUCCGAAGCUCAUUCUGGACGAUGUUUUCGAGCAAAAGAAAAUUAUUGCUAGAGCAGUUGAAGAAGAACUUGACAGGGCUAUGUCUGCUUAUGGACAUGAGAUUAUUCAAACUCUCAUUGUUGCUAUAGAACCAGAUGUGAACAUGUAGCGGGCAAUGAAUGAAAUCAAUGCUGCUAAGAAGGUUCUAUGAAUUCUCAGAAACAGCGCAAUAGUGAUCUGGUCACAUUCUCAUCAAACUGAAGCAACCAAAGGGAUACCCUCUUUUUUAGUAUUUAAAUAAAUGCACUGUGUGUGAAUAUAUUCGUGUUUCGUCUCAUCAACACUUUGCUUAUCGUUUCCUUCAGAUGCGCAAUCUAUUCUAUAUGUUUGUGUUUGCAUUUUGGGAUUAAUUGUGUGACUGAAAGUACUGAUUCAAGUAACAUGGAUUGGUUUAUUAGAGGUUAAUUUAAUUGUCUAUCCCGUGUUAUUACUACACCCUGUUGAAUCCUCGUCUUAUA